UGCUGCCGUACUCAAGUACCUCAAACCAUAGGAAGGCGUUUUUCAUCCUGUUGGAUUAGCUAGGCGAGGGUAAAAGACUGCGGUUUGAUAUAAAUUGCGCUUAUAGCACGUUUACCAUUGAGCUAUGCAGCUCGAGAAUUGCAUCUCACCAUCUAGUGUGCUCUCGAAGAAAUUUAUGAAUGUGGGUAGUGGCUACCCGAACUCCGUUGGAUCUGAACUCUCAUUGCAGGACCAUCCUAUUAUAUCUGCAAGUGACAACCUGGAGAGAAGUUCACCUCUGAAAAAAAACACCAGGGGGAUGACGAAUCAGUCAGAGGCAGACAAUUUUCCCGACUCCAAGGACGCACCAGGGGACGUCCAGAGAGGCAAAAUCUCUCCUGAUCUUCGCGGAGUCUCUGAAAUUCGUCAUAAUUUCGAUGGAUCUGCAGGAGAAAGGUAUAUCCUUUCUCAAUCUAGCCAACCCCAGUCCGUCUCAGCAACUCCAAGUGCUAUGUUCCCUUAUCCGAGUCAACAUGGACCUGCGCACCCGGCUUUUUCGAUUGGAAGCCCGAGUCGUUACAUGGCCCACCACCCGGUCAUAACCAAUGGAGCGUACAACAGUCUACUGACCAACAGCUCUGCACAAGGCUAUCCCACCGCGGGCUACCCUUACGCGCAACAGUAUGGACACACGUAUCAAGGAGCGGCGUUUUACCAGUUUUCUUCUGCGCAAGCUGGGCUCGUACCUGGGAAAGCCCAGGUGUAUCUGUGCAACAGAGCCCUAUGGCUGAAGUUUCACAGACAUCAAACAGAAAUGAUAAUCACAAAACAAGGACGACGAAUGUUUCCUUUUCUAAGUUUCAACAUUUCUGGUCUCGAUCCUACGGCGCACUACAACAUAUUUGUGGACGUGAUCCUUGCUGACCCAAAUCACUGGCGAUUUCAAGGCGGAAAAUGGGUACCAUGUGGAAAGGCUGACACAAAUGUGACAGGAAACAGAGUUUACAUGCACCCCGACUCACCGAACACCGGAGCGCACUGGAUGCGCCAAGAAAUUUCUUUUGGUAAACUGAAGUUAACAAACAAUAAGGGAGCCUCCAACAACACGGGACAGAUGGUGGUUCUUCAGUCUCUUCACAAGUACCAGCCCAGACUCCAUGUGGUGGAAGUUAACGAAGAUGGAACUGAGGACUCCAGCCAACCUGGAAGAGUACAGACUUUUACCUUCCCAGAAACACAGUUUAUCGCAGUCACGGCUUACCAGAAUACCGAUAUUACACAGUUAAAGAUCGACCACAAUCCAUUUGCUAAAGGAUUUCGGGACAACUAUGACACUGUCUACACAGGUUGCGACAUUGACCGCCUAACGCCAUCACCGGGUGACUCGCCUCGCUCACAGAUCGUGCCUGGUGCGAGAUAUGCCAUGACUGGUUCCUUCCUGCAGGACCAAUUUGUCAGCACUUAUGCCAAAUCUCGCUUUCACCCUGGCGUAGGGACUGGUCCUGGCACGGACCGCAGCGUCCCACUUAGUAACAGCUUGCUAUCCCCGCAACAAACCGAAGAGCCCACAGUUGCUUCCCCACAGCGUUGGUUUGUCACCCCUGCCAACAACAGACUGGACUUUGCCGCUUCGGCAUACGAUGCUGCCGCUGCUGCAGAUUUUGCCGGCAAUGCGGCCACCUUGCUGUCCUACGCAGCGGCUGGAGUGAAGGCGCUUCCCCUCUCCACGGCAGGUUGCUCCAACAGACCGCUCGGGUAUUACGCCGACCCGUCAGGCUGGGGCGCCCGUACGCCACCACAGUACUGUAGCAAGUCGAGCUCCGUUCUCUCAUGCUGGCCCACGAAUACUGUUACCGGCAGAACGGGCCCGUCCAGUUACCUGGCCGAGGAGGGAGACGCCAUUCCCACAGAGCGGUCUCCAAUAGGGGCAUCAGACGAGGCAAAACCAAAAGACUUGUCCGAAUCCAGCUGGAUAGAAACGCCGUCUUCAAUAAAGUCAAUUGAUUCCAGUGAUUCUGGAAUCUUUGAGCAAGCAAAACGGAGAAGAAUUUCUCCGUCUGCCACACCAGUUUCGGAGACAGUGUCCCCGUUAAAAUCCGAAAUGUUGGCACCAAGAGAGUGUGAGAAAAAUUGUGCCAAGGACAUUGGUUACUAUAGUUUCUAUCCACAUAGUUAAAAAAUCACAUUGCGUGACCUUGUGUUUACAUCUAUCUAUCUAUCUGUUGCACAUAUCUCAAAGUUGACAAAAGAUUUGGAGGCAACUAAAUGUUACACCGUGUUAAGGGACAGAAAGUUUGACAUCUGAGACAAUAAUUUGUUCAGUCAUUCCAAAGCUUUCAGUCAACAGUCAUUGUAAUUAUGAAAAUAAUGUAUAUAGGGCCUAAUAUUUAACCAUUUGGUGAUUUAGUGACUGAAUGUAAACUAUUGGAUUCGAUUUUGAUAUUUACCAAAAAAUAUUAUUUGGUUGUGUUUAAAAUGCAAAUAACGUACAGUGUGAUCGCUUACAAAGUGUUAGUUUGAACUAUUUAAAUAAUGUCUAUAAUGUUGUGUAGCAUAGGGCUUAUUUUGCUGUUAUAGCAGCGAGAGCUAGGUAGGCUGUAAUCAUUUCUGAAGUCUACCCAAUGCCCAUUUUGUCUAUCACUGUCCAAUGUUAGACAAAUGCGGACCUAACCAUAUUUAGAUUGAAUCAAAUUCAUUAGUUGUGGGUAAAUUGUUAUUAAUGUUGAUAAUGUACGCAUUUCUAGGUCUACUGUGAGGGGAAAAUGUUUCAUUUUUAAGUCUCGGACCUGUUAUUUUCAUAGAUUUUUUUGUUGUUUGUGAAAAGCUUCUGUAUUCGCUGUAACGUGCUUUAAUGCAAUAAAUAUAACGGAACAA